CAGGUUCUUGUUGGUGAUUCUUUUUUAUUAAAAAUAAAAUAUCAGAAACGUUUCUGUAGUUUCCUAUUGCAUGUAACUUGUUUACUUAUUUCACUCUGAAUAUAUUUAGGUAUGCAGUGGGGCCAUUCCGGGACAUGUUCUGACCUUAAUCUCAGAAUUCUGACAAAAACAUAUUUAUUCUUUUCGGAUUCGUUUUUUCAUUCUCAGAAUUAGGACUCAUUUUUAUGAAUCAGAAUUUUGAAGAAAACAAAAUGUUUUUUAUGAGACUUUUUUUCUCCAGAAAAGUAUUAUUAUUGUCCUGCGAUUUUUAUUUAUGACUUUUCGGGUGAAAUCUGAUCAUUCUGACUGUGCCAGAGUGAUGGAUUGGUGGGGGUCAGGUGCUGGCUGUGCUGAGCCCCGUUAAACUCCCCUCCCUUGCAGGGGGUCCUGGUUAGACUCACCUCCCUUGCAGGGGGUCCUGGUUAGACUCACCUCCCUUGCAGGGGGUCCUGGUUAGACUCACCUCCCUUGCAGGGGGUCCGGUGCUGACUGUGCUGAGCCCGGUAGCCCUCGAUCACCUCCCACUCUCCGGAGUCCUUCCUGAUGGGGAAGCAGAGGCUGAGCACGUGGUUACACGGCUUGAUGAUCCUCAGGAUCCCGCGGACCCGCUUCCUCUUCUGCUCCAGACUCUCCCGAGUCUUCAGGCCCUCCACCAGUCGGUCCUCCACGAUGGCUGCUCCCCGGUCGAAGAAGCCCUCCACCAUGGUGAAGAAGUUGGGGUCGUCGCUGCGGUCCACGGCCUGGCUGUAGGCUCGGUGCCGCAGGACGGAGCCCGAGGCCCGGGGGAGAAGAGACCCAAAGCACCGCCGUCAUGUCCGACCGUCCAAAGAUCCACGUCUUCCUGGGGGCUCCUCCGACCCCUGACCCAGCCUCGAGGCCUGCAGCUUGGGGGGAGGCGGAGCGGCGGCCCCCUGGAGACUGGAGACACCUGGAGCUCCGCUGGCAGGACGGACACCUGAAGGCACCACCAGACGCUGUCGGAAGGUGUCUGCCCGAGCAAGUGAAAAAGAGCGAUGAGAUACAGAAGGAUCAGGGGCACAGGAAGUCUGAAUCUGAUUGGACAACAGAGGAGCGACACCCCCGACAGGAAGUUCAGUGUUCGGCUUCGAUGCUGGAGUAUCUGGACAGCUGUUUCCCUGCAACUCCACAUCGCUCCCCCCCGACUCCUCUCUCCGCUCACACUCACUUCCUCUCCAGCUGGACGCUGAGUCAGGCCUUGGUCCUGAAGGGCAGGCACGCCGUCCAAUCAGCAUCCAGCCCUGAGAGAGCUCCGCCUCCUCAAGCCGCGUAUACUCAUACUAUGUCACCUCAAGCCCCGCCUCUUCAGACACUACCCCCUCAAAUACCGCAUUCACAAGCCCCGCCUCCUCAAACCCCUACGCCCUUGUCCUCCAGCACCCCCGAGCUCUUCAGACCCUUGAGUCUGUCUCCGGGAGCUUCCUCCCUGGAGCUCUUCGGCCCCCCUUGCCGGACCCUGCGGGCGCAGGAGGGGAACAUGGUGGUUGAGGUCACCCCGGAUGGCGUGCUGAUUUCCCAGGAGGCCGAGCAGCGAGACCCCCCCUCCAAAUUCCCGGACUUAAAGAGAGCUCGGAUCUCAGAAACUCCGCCUUCCGGGCUCCGGGGCGGCACCACACUCCUGACCCGCUGUGCCCCUCGGGGGGGCCGGUACUCGGUGCUGGUGGCGGUGGUUCACCCCUCCCACCUGAAGGAGGUGAAGGUGAGGUCGGGGCCGUCGGCGGGGUCCUGCGUUCCUCUGGCCUCCAUCGUGGUGACGGACCAAUCAGGAGUGGAGAUGAAGGUGGUGCUGUGGCGGCGGGCGGCGUUCUGGGCGCUAACCGUCAGCCCGGGAGAGGUGCUGCUGCUCACAGCUCUGCAGGUGAAGGAGGACAAGUGGAGAGGGGAGACUGUGCUGCAGUCGACCUUCAGUAGCAAACUGCUCAACCUCGGAAACAUCGCUGACUCCGCCUCCCCGCCAGUUCCUCAGCAGGUGAGCGCUUGCUCGCUCAGCUCUCUCUGCAGCUUCCUGCGGGAGCAGCGCCCCCUGCUGGUGUCUCUGAGGCUCCGCCCCCCUCAGGACCCGACCCGCCUCUCCUACACCGCCCUGAGGUCUCUGAGGGUCAACAUGCUGGUCCAUGCACUGCUGCGCGUCACAGACACACACACCAGCACAGCGUGGCGCAGCGAUGCGGGGGCUGGCUGCAGGUCUGCGCUGCAGCUGCAGGCGGUGCUGACGGUGCAGCAGCCCGGCGGCCAGCAGGGGGCACUGCUGCUGUGGGGGGCCGCGGUGGACUGGCUGAACCGCUUCAGAGACAGAGGGACAGGGACCCCCCCCUCAGAGGCCGUCUGGGACUUCCGCACCCUGCUGGUGAGGGAGGGGGCGACCUCCGACCUCCCGGAGCUGCACUCCACCCCCUGGAGCUCAGUCCGGCCUCUGGACCCCGCGGACCCCCGAGCGCAAGAGUUCCUGACCCCAGCCGUCCCCCCAGCAGGUCUGGAGCUGGAUCUGGACACGUUGCUGUCCCAGAGACACAGCGGUGAGGUGGAGCUCAGGGUCCAGCUGCUCUGCUUCCACUUCCAGGACUCCUCUCCUUCCCAGAAUGCACCUCAGCGAGUGGACAGCUGCACGCCGCUGCCUGCCGUGGUGGCGGCGUUGAGCGGAGACGUGACGUACGCCGGCUGCGCCCGCUGCACCGCAGAGCUCAGCACCGACGCUAACGGCAUCUACUGUCCCUGCUACCCCUGCCUGCCCCACACCGCCGUCCGCCGCUACUACAGGUACCUGAAUGCACCACGGGGUUACCAGCCAGAGGAAUCAGCAGCAACAUAUACUGUAUGUGUGUGUGUGUGUGUGUGUGUGUGUGUGUGUGUGUGUGUGUGUGUGUGUGUGUGUGUGUGUGUGUGUGUGUGUGUGUGUGUGUGUGUGUGUGUGUGUGUGUGUGUGUGUGUGUGUGUGUGUGUGUGUGUGUCUUUCAGGCCAGGUGUGCUGACAGUCGGGGGACAGGGCAGCAGUCAGGUGUGUGUUCAGGUUCCUCCCGUUCCUCUGGAGAAGAUCCUGGAGGCUCCACCUGACAGACUCCACAGGACCUCAGCUCCAGGGUCGGAGGUGAGGUUCGUGGAUUUUGCUGCAGAGAGGAUCCUGACCCUCCUCAGCCUCCCGAGGAAGACCUUCACCCUCACCUUGCGCAGCCACUUCCAGUGCGACGAGAACAGCGUCGCCCUCCACCAGGACUUCACCCUGCUGGACCUCCAUGUCCCAGGUCCCCCGUGAGAGGACGCCCUUCAGAGGGGCUUCCUGUGUUGGUCCCUGAAGGCAGCAUCUCCCUGGGCCAAUGGGAUUCCUCCGUGUGAUUUGAAUGUCAGACAAUACUUUCACCUUGUUGGACAUUUUGAUAACUUAGCAUUUUAUACGUCAUGUGACUAAAAGAGACCUUCCCUUCUCGAGGUUUCCCUGAAGUGUCUCUAACUUUAUCUAAAGGUUUUUUUUAUUCUACUUCCUACGAAUGAGUCAUUUUAUUUUGAAAUUACUCCUCCUCUGGUUCCUUCUUAGAGAUGAAGAGCUAGAACUUGGCAUAGCAUCACCAGCUUUAGCAACCUUUACCAGCCUUAAAAUGAGAUGAAAUAACAGGUUUUCAGGAGAGAAACAAACUAUUCAGAUGAGCAAUGUAGGAGUCAUUAGCUUCAUCCAAACCACACACACACCCAGGCACACACACCUGCGCGGAGGUAAGGUUUGGGUACAGUGUCAUUUCUGUCUGGUGAUUAAAGUUCAGUGGAUAAAACCAGGUGUUGAUAAAGGACUCCACAGGAACAGUUGGACCUUUAUUCAGUGUGCAUCAUUCCCGUACACAAAGCGCCUCCUGGAAUCAUUGGAUUAACAUGUGAUCACUUCAUCUAAACUAGAGGUUUCUCUCUGAUGGAGCUGAGGGGCUGCUGCUGCUGGAUGACAGCUGAUUAAAGAAACACCAUCUGAGUUUUUAUGUCCCAUUGGGGGUUAAAUAACAACGACAAUUUAAAAUAAAGCUGUUUUAAUAAUCCUUCUCUCUGACUUCCUCUUCCUAAAAGUAUGACUUUUCAGAAAAUAUGAAAAUCCUGACUUUCUAAAUCACAACAUUUUGUUUGUCUUCUCAAAAUUCAGACUUUUUGUCUAGAAUUCUGAUUUUAUCAGAAUCCAAACACUUUUACGUUUUUCUGAAAAUCUAUUUCUUCUCAAUAUUCAGAUUUUUCCUGAAGAUCUCAAAAUUCAGAAAUGUUCUCCUGAAGUUCUGCGUAGUAUAGCUGAGAAUGUUCUCUAACAAACUGUUUGAAUGCUGCUAAACCCCAAGAACAAAGACACACUGUACAGUGACUUUAAAUAAAAUGUGAGCUGUUGGUGUCACCUCCCCUUUUAAUGACUUGUGCUAAGCUAGGCUAACCACGUCCUAAUUCAGGGAUUCCCAAAGUGUGGUGCGCGAGAUGAAACGUGAUGGUGGUCUGGUGUAAAAAUAUUACACAGUGUUGUUUUUUAAGUGGGAUUUUUCCAUAGGCUCCAAUAAAAAACAGGAACAAUAAACA